AUCAGGUGAAAAAAUCCAAGAACACCUAGAAAAGUUUCCAAGUGAAUGUGCGUUUGAGAAGACCUCACCAACAUAAAGUGUGUCCGCAGUGUAGUCUCUGGGUGUGUUGACAAUGUAAAGGCUCACCAAUGCCAUCCCCGAACAACGGUCACUAUGAGCAACCAUCGUACGCCGGUGCCAAGUUGCGCACCAGGAUGGCACUAGGAUACGUGAAUGCACUGCCCCCGUUGGUACCAGUACCGGCACCGGCACCGGCUCCUUCCACCACCGUCGGUACCGUGCCCCGUAAAAGGCGUCCCCGUGCCGUGGGUGAAGUGUUUGUGUCUUCCACCUCCUCGGUGUAUCUGUUCGAUCGUAGUGACCCUGCGCCAGCACCCUCGGAGGAGGAGGAGCAACGUAGUGAUGAUCCGGGAACCGGUAUCAACUCCAAGAAAAAUCCCCUGGAUCCAGUGUAUGAGAACUUUGUGUCACCGGACAGCUGCACCGCACUGUCCAAGUCUCCGGCGCACCUGGGCUCGCUGUGUGUGGUCCGUGUCCGACAACCGGAUCCGGAUCGGCCGGUUCGAGAUUCGCUCACCAAAGAGGGGCCACCCGCCAGUGAGCCAAGGCCACCGGUGGUACCACCGAGAAGAAAACACACGGCAAAGUCAGCUGGUGUGCAGCAACAACAACCUGUGAUAGCGAUCGAGCGCGAUAGUGGCCAGGCACCGAUGAAGGAAGAAGAAGCGGUCGAAGGUGAUCAGUUCGAGCAGCAGUCGAUUUCCGCUUUUCUUGUUGCCCUUGGAACAAUGUUCAACAGCUGAUAACCGCAGUAGUAGCAGCCUCCCGUUGUCGGUAUCAGUCGCUGAUCGGAUGCGGUUGUGGUAGUAGU